AUGGACGCAACAAUAAAGGAAUGGCAGCGUUGGUGUCGCCUUUGCGCGAAACAUGAUGGCAAUUACCUCGAAAUAUUCACUGAAGAAACGCCAUUGGCUCUGGAUUCGAAUAUCAAUAUUCCUCUAGCUGUAGAAGAAUACUUUCAUAUCAAUGUAAAGCCCAAGGAUGAACAACCUCUCCUGCUAUGUACGGAAUGCUACGCUACGCUUUCAUCGCUGGAGAAAUAUGCUGAGCAUGUGAGAAAAGUGCAAAAAAUGUACCAUGAUUUGAUAAACACAAGUGAUACCGGCGAAAUUGCUUUUAAAGAGCUAUAUCACAAAUACGGGCUAUUUGAAUGGGAACCGUUUAAACCCCUCUUAAUUCAUGAUAUGGAAACGUCAACAACUACCCCGGACAUUGAACAAGUUUUUAUUGCUGAUGCAUCAAUCACUGACGGUGGAGAUGAAGAUAUGGAAGAAGAGGAAGCAAAAGAUUUAGUGCAAGCCACUGAAAUCAAGGUAGAACUUUCUGAUACAGUCAAUAGAGGUAACCAGAGUGUGGGGGAAUGCGCCCAGAUGAACGAAGGCAGUGACAGCAGCAGCAGUAGCGGUAGCUUUUCAUCUGACACCGAAGAUUUUGAAGAACAAGUUAUAUCAAAGAAAGUGCGUAAAAAUAGUAAAAAUUCAAAUUCGCUUGACGGCGAAGAGUCCAAAGAAGGCACAUAUUCUUGUAACAUUUGCCAACAACGUUUUAUACAAAGCAGAAACUUUGCACGCCACAUGAGGCGCAAGCACGGCACGGAAGCGCCAGCAGUAUGGAGAUGUCCGCACUGUAGUGAAUCGUUGAAGUUUAAGAAAGAGCUGGAACGCCAUAUAAAGAGAAUGCAUGCACCAAAAAUUUAUCCAUGUCCACAUUGUGAUAGAACAUUUAAAGGAGCCAAAGUCGCGGAGAAUCACAUAAAAGCUGAGCACGAAGGCGUAGGUUCAUUCAUUUGUGAAGAAUGCGGUGAAAGUAUGCGCACUAAACAUAAGAUUAUCGAACAUAUGGCCACACAUACGGGCCAAGGUGCAUAUGAAUGCAAAGAAUGUGGCAAACAUUUCAAAAGAAAACAGACUUUGAAGAGACACUUGGAAAUCCAUGGCGAUAAACAUAUCUGUGGCGAAUGUGGAAUUGAGCUGAGUACAUCAAAGGCACUGUUGAAUCACAUGAAAGUGCACUCUGAUGAAAUGCCAUACAAAUGUAAUUAUUGCGGGCGCAGAUUUAAGCGAACAAAAAAUCUAAAAAACCAUCUUAUUACGCAUACUGGUCUGAAACCUUAUUCCUGUGACUUCUGUGAUAAAACUUUUUCAACUGGUUCAAGUUGUCGUUAUCACAAAAAGCAUUUGCAUCCAAAGGAACUUGCAGAGCAGGAGGCUGCAGGCGUAAAAGCUUAUACAAAAAAUAUACCCAAAUUGCAUGUUUUAAAGGCGAUAACGCAAGCGGCUGGAGAUGUUGAAAAGAUUGAAGUUAAUGUGACCGACAAAAGACUACGACUUCCAAAACUGGAUGCAGAGUUACCUGACGCUUAGAAUA